GGAAAAUAAUUUUCUUUUUUUGAGAUUUUCUCGGACAAUUGCGAUCCGCUUGGUGGAGGAAAGAAUUUCGGCCUUAUGGCCGCGAAUUGAGAUGGCGGAGAAAGGCGGUUUGACGACGGCAUUUCCGGAGCCGUCGUGCCAUGGUGAUCCGGUGGUAGUUACUUCACCGGGAAAGGAUCGGAAGACUCAUGUGGAAGAGGCGACUUCGAAUAUGCCGGCUAAUCAUGAAUCCUCAAUCACAUUGUGGAGUAAUCUCAUGAAAUAUUAUGGAAUGAAAGUGAAAAAAGAGGGGAAGGAUCAGUCCAUUCGGCAAUUGGAAUGAAAGUGAAAGAAGUUGCAAUCGGAGGAUUUUCAAAAUCAGGAGGAGGAUCCGAAGAUCGAAUCCAAAGGCGAAAGAGUCCAGUUGCGCGGUCAUCUAGAUCGUCAAGCGAGUAUACUAAGAUGAUCAAAAUUCACAUCGGAAAUAUGGAACUACCUGUGAGCCCUGGAGUGCUUGACGAUCUCAUGGAGAGAUCAAAAAAUGGAGAAGGUGACAUGGAAAUACUGCUGUCAAAACAUGUGAUGGGGGAAAUAUCAAAAGCGAUAAAACGAAAGACGGGAACAAUGAUUGAUCGGUGUAAGCUAGAGACUGAGUUUGCAAAAGAGGUCGAAACUAGAAUUGAAGAGCUAUCGAAGCCAUUGGAGGCAGAGAAUCAGGAGAAUGUGAUCGUGGAACAGGAAAAGGGAGUUGAGUCAGAAUCAAAAUUGAAGGAGAAGGUGGAAUCAAAAGUGGAUGGAGUUAUGAAACCAAAAGAAUAUAGGGAUUAUGUGAUUCCAGAAAAGGAAUCAAAAGAAUAUGCAAAGGAAGGGAUGAAGCAUGUGACAGUGAUGAAAGGUGGGGAUCCAAAAGCUAGCGUUGCAACUGGCAUGGAAACUGUUUGUGAAAAGGUCCCAAAAAAAACAGAGAGGCUACCUCCUCAGAAAGGGAUUUCCAAAGAAAGUGAUAACAUAAAUAAGAAAGCUGGAGAAGGAGCAGGAGGUAAUGUGAAUAGAUUAAACAAUCAAAAUGUGGGGAGGAAGGAUGCAAAACAGGGACAACCAGGUUCCAGUUAUGCAUCCUUAUUCUCUAAGGAUACAGCAAAAGCAGGGGUCAGUGUUCUUACUGGCCUUGCUCAGCCAGAGAUCAAAGAAAACAUGACUGAAAUGCACAGAGGCCUCCCAGCAAUAAGUUUUGAGGAGACAGAGAUUAAACAAUUGAAUAUCAUUGAGAACCACCUGUUGAUUGGGAAGUUCUCAUGGGGGAGACCAAGCUUGGAGGACAUCAGGAGGUACAGGAACAAGAAACCCCACCUGGGGAAGGAAUACGAAUCUUGUAAAUGGAGAAACUAUCAAGAAUAAGGGUGGUCAGCCUCCUAGUCAUAAGGGGGCUGAUGAUCAUCAUUGGAAGCAGGAGAAUAAACAAGGGAAUCAGGUGAUCCAACCUGAUAAAGGGAAGGGGGUAGCAAAAGAAAGUCAGCCUGAAUCAAGUAGACAGGCUGAGGAAAGGGGAAAACAAGAGGGGGUGAAAAUAGGAGAUACAAGAGGAAAAAUAAAUGAGGGAAAA